GUCAUAGGUUUUUUCCUCAAUGGUUGUUUGUAAACAAAGUUGUGAAAGAAAAAGUGCGAAAUCUUCACAAAUAGGCCAUAAAGAAAGAUAAUUUCAUAAUAAUGGAUCGCUACUCAAAACGCAUGGUUAAAUGUUUUGUUCCCGGCUGUAGAAACACUUCCGCAAAUAGUCGGGACAAAUUAUUUUUGUCUAUAAGGGAGUCCAUGAAGUGGGGAUGGUGUAGUGAUGCAAAAACUAUGUAUACACCCGGGAAAAGGAUGCUGUGUUGUGAGGAUCAUGUUGAUUUAAAAGAAGAUUUGGAAAAUUAUCAGGAGUGGAAGAUGAUGGGUACAAGGCCAGUUCUUAAACCUACAGCUAAGCUGCGAAAUCAAGACAUCCCAAUAUCCAAAGAUGACUCACUACUGAAAGAAAUGUUGCUGAAUCCUGCAGGACCAGUGUCAUCAUGUUAUCAAGAAAAAACACUUCCAUCUGCUUCAAUACAUGUUGAUGUUGCAACUCAAUAUCAAAUUUGAUGCCACGGUAUAAGAAGUUUGGAGUAUCUAGAAAAAUGAUUAUUGCAAAUAGACAUAAUGCGAAAAAAAAUAGAACAUGCCGUCAUACAAGAAGGUCGGAAAAUUAAAGAAACUUCAGCAUUAUAGACGAAGUUUGAAAAUCGCCCGCAUGGUGCGGGCGAAGAGGAAGGCCGAGGCGCUUCUAAACCCACAGGACAGAAUCGAUGACACAUCAGCCCCUAACCCCGAGACCGCCGGCCCGUCGUCGCAGCCACCGGGCACCCCCCUUCCCCCCGCGGACACCCUCGCUCAACCCGACAAUGGCACAUUUCAAAAUAUAGCACAUGAGUCGAACCCGCUACCCGCGGUGCCGCCCGCUCCGCUGGCCAAGCGAAUAAGCCGGCCACCUAGUGAUCCUCAUCUACAAGAAAUCUACGCGAAUCAUAUCAAAGUCAUCAAAAAAAAACCGUUAAAGCGAAAAUCCAGUGAAGUUGCGUGCAGCGUAUGCUCGCGGACGCUGAGGAAGACGCUGCUGCGGUGCCUGCAGUGCGCGCGGGUGCUGUGCGGCCCCUGCGACCGCCGCCGGGUGACCGCCUGCACCACCCAGAACCACGUCAUGCUACGGGUGCACUCUAGCGCGACCUACGAUAAGCUGAGUCACCUGCUCGACGAGUGGCAGAGGGAUGUAGUGGCCGCGGUGGGCGAGCCCCCCGCCAGUGAAGAAGACGAGGAGGCCGACACCACCACCAUAGAACCGAUAGCAGCGAAUCUCAUCGACGACCAGUCUCUGCUUGUCCCAAUUGACAAUUCUAUGUCCAAAUACAUGGCGUUGCCUGUAGCGCCCCCUGAACCAAACACGAUCCCCGAAAAGCCAAAGCCAUUCGAGCACCCAAGCGGCAGAGUAUUCCGUGGCCGCAAACCUCAGAACAAGAACGAUAAACCAAAAGAUAAGACGAAAGAACCGCAUGUGGACAACGAGCCUAUGAUCUACAAUCCAGUACCUUUUCAGCCCGUAGUGGAUUUGUUUGCGACUGAAGCGAUCAAGCCAGAGCCAGAUCCGUUGCUCGGGUUGGAUGCCGCGCCGCAGGGAACGGUUGGUCAUGGCCAACCUAUUGGGAGAACAACUGUGGAUGGCAGUAUUCCAGGCGAGGGAGACCCCGGGGCUCCGCCGGUGGAGGUGAAGAUGGAGCCACAAGAACUUAUCACGAUUGAAGAAAUGGACGUAAAUGUUGCGGUGGCAGACACCAACGUCAGUCCUUCAGAACCCUACGUCUUCGAGCUCUAUAGUUCUCAUAAACCUGCUCCCAGUUAAAAAGUGACUGACUCAUGCUA